AUGUUAAAAGAAGAAGCAAUUAAAAAAGAAUGCAUAAAAAAUGACCAUAAAGGCUUCUAAAUUGUUGCUGUUGACUUAUCAGAUGAAUUAAUUAAAAAAAGUGAUCAAGAAAAAUAUUAUUGUGUGAAAUGUCUAAUAGAAAAGAUUGGAAAUAAAAAGAUUAUUCUUUUUGAAGAAGCAUUAAAAAUGAUUGAAAUUUUUAACUAAGAGCUAAAAAAAUAAUAAGCUGAUAAACAAAAAGAAACAAGGGAAAGUAUUUAAAAACUAUAAGAUUUAAUCAAAUUAAUAGAAGGAAGUUUGAAAAAAUAGUUUGAUGAUUUAUAGAAAUAAUUAGAGAUACAAAUAGAUUAGGAAUAAAAUACAUUAGAUUAAAUAUCAGAACCUAAAAUUUCAAAUGAUCAAAGUAAAAGUUUGUCAACUUGUUAUAAAGAAGAUGAUAGAUUAGCAAGUCCUUCUUCAAAUAAAGAUUAUAAAGAAAUUAAUGAAUCUCUAAUUUAAAUUAGAAAAUUACUUUAAUAAUUAGAAUAAGUGCAAGAUGUAGACAAAGAAAUAUAGAAAAUAGAAUAGACAUGUUCAAUUAAUUUAGAGGUUGAUGAAAAAUACAAAGUAAAUAAAUAUAUUUAAUAUUUAGAAAACUUCUGCUUUCAAUUUCACAUGA